AUGAAAUUAAAACGACCGGAGUUAUGGUCACUCCUAGUAUUGGUGGUGGGAAUCACCAUUGGAACUGUCGGAACAACACUCGCGAUAAUCUUCGGCGUUCAAAAAUCAGAGUCUUGCACUUGUAACAAUGUCAACGCAGAAUUAUUCAGCGUCCAGACAGGAAUUCAGAAAAGUUACAUGCAAUGGAACGACAGCUUCAACAAUCCUUAUUCAUUACAAUACCAAGCUGCCGUCCAAAAUCUUUCCACAACGCUCACAUUGGCGCUUACUUCACCUCGUGAUAAAUCAUUCCAAAAGAUGUCAAUUGCUUCGGUGUCUUUGGGUACAAGAGCUUCGGUUCAAGUUGCCCAACUGCGGAAAGGGAGGGACAACACAGUUGUUUGCUUCGCUUAUGGUGUUGUGUACGGCAAUGAGGACGUCGAUGCACUACCUUCUUACAGCACUAUCCAAUCAGAACUGGAUAGCACUUCGAAUGUGGUGGCCGAAGCCAAAGUCGAUAACGUUUCGAGUGACAAUAAUAAUCCAUGCAAUGUUAUCAAUCCAUCCACAGCAACGACGUUGUUAGCAACUUCAGCCUCAAGUUUAAAGACUGACUCUACUCCUCAUCAUCGCGCUUCUUCAUUCGUGACUCAGAAAUCUUUGACUUCGCAGGAGAUAACAACGACAUUAUCCUCAACUAGAUUUGCGACAUCUUUCAAGCCAACAUCAUCGAGCAGUUCCACUCAGGGAGCUCCAACGGAUGUAGCCAAAUCUUCAACGCCUCAUCCUACCUCUCCGAGUAUUCAAGUGUCAACACAGACGACAAGAAUCAUUUCAGAAUCGCCAACUUUUUCCACAGCAAGCAUGUCUACAAAGGAAUACUCUGUUCCCUUCUCAUCCACCAAUAGCAACGCUGCAACAACACAGCGGUUAACGAGUACUGUAAAACCAUCUAAGAUUACAACACAGAUGUUAACUAGAAGUGUUUCUGCACUUAUGAGCUCCACUACUACUAAGAUACCUUCAUCUCAUUCUCAAGCCUCAACAAUUAGUGCAGAAUCAGCAACCUCUGAGACAUCAGGCAUCCCAUCAGUUAGCACAAACCAGGCGAAAACUUCCCAAAUUGCUUCCACGGUGGUUACAAUGUUCACCCAAAGUACAUUACCAACUACAACGUCUUCUGCUUUUUCGAAGAGCCUUUCAACCGUCCUUUACCUUUCGACUUCUGCUACGACGAUAUUAACCACAGGAAAGGAAACACAGCACACAACCAUCAGUGCAACAACGCCGCAUACUUCAUUUUCCCCAAAGAUAUCGACGAUGCCAGAAACCACACGAAUUUCCACCUUGAAUCCGCGUACUACAACCACUAAAACAACUUUGUACAGCACUCCAGAUACUUAUACCAUAACUUCUCCGCCAUCGUCUCCCGCUAUAAACACGGAUAUCACCGUAGCUUCUACUGCAACAUCUUCUUCAACGAUUGCAACAGUAUCCUCUAUGGAGACAACGAAAGGAACAUCUCCAGUCGUUGUGACAUCACAGUCAUCACCUGAUAUCACCUAUAGUACUACACAGAGUUCCACAUCGAUUCGCCCAGAAACAUUCACCACAUCACGGAUUUUUUCCUCGAUAACUCAGACCUCUAGUGAGGCGGCAACUUCUCCAUCCACUACAGUACCAAGCACCCCAAUAAGUUCAACAGCAUGGAUGACGACGACACCCUGCAGAGGAGAAUACAAAUUCAAUGGCGAUAUUGCAAUGGCCUUCGAACUUACGACAAAUACUGACAAACAGGAUGUGGAAACACUAGUAAAAACUUUGCUCACCUAUACGAAGAAUCCAUACAGCUUUGUUCCAGAUGUCGUUACUGGUGUUGCCCCUAGCGGCUAUAUUUUAGCUCCAUAUCCGGAUACAACUCAUUACAAUCCUCCUAGUAAUUACGACGCAUUAAGGCUACAGAAACGGAAAAGGACUAGGAUGGCGAUCUGUACUUAUAACGCACGUACGCUUGCAUCGGAAGCGGCUAUCGAAGAUCUGAUGAUGCAAGCCAAGAAGAUCAAGUACGACGUCAUCGGACUGACCGAUGAUGAGACGACUAGAGGUGUUGGUGAAGGUGGCGUCCUCGUCAACACGAGUAUGGCAAAGAACAUCGACUCUUUCGAACAACUUACGACCCGAAUAGGACGUCUGCGGAUGAGAAGAUGUAGUCCAACACCAGCUUUGACUAUCUUCGUCGCUUACGCUCCAACAUCAAGCUACGAUGAAGAAAAAGCUUUCUAUAAGGACCUGGAGAAGUUCUACCGAGAAGAUCAUGCCUUCUACAAGGUCAUAAUUGGCGAUUUCAACGCCAAAGUUGGCCCAAGAAGAACGCCGGAGGAACUUCACAUCGGGACCCACGGCCUACAAUGGAAUGAGGCUCUCCGAGUUCAUCAUGACGACUAA